AUGCCAGGUAUCGCGACCAUGUCUUUGGACAAUAUGUUCUGCACUCGGUGCGGAGAUGGUUUUGAGACCAAUGAAAAGAUUGUUAAUUCUAACGGAGAGCUCUGGCAUACAGGAUGCUUUGUGUGCGCCCAAUGCUUUCGUGUUUUUCCUGAUGGCGUCUUCUUCGAGUUUGAAGGUCGUAAAUACUGCGAGCGUGACUUCCAAGUUUUGUUUGCACCUUGCUGUGGCAAAUGUCGGGAAUUCAUUAUUGGUCGUGUGAUAAAAGCGAUGAAUUCCAAUUGGCAUCCAGCCUGUUUCCGUUGUGAAGAAUGUAACGCUGAACUAGCUGAUGCAGGUUUUAUUAAACACGCCGGUCGUGCUCUGUGCCACGCUUGUAACGCAAGAAUCAAGGCGGACGGACUUCAGAACUAUAUAUGCCAUAAAUGCCAUGGCGUGAUCGACGGUGAGCCACUUCGUUAUCGAGGCGAGGUAUACCACGGCUAUCAUUUCACGUGUGCUACUUGCGGGCUAGAAUUGGAUCACACCGCCCGUGAAGUGAAAAACCGGCCUGGAUAUGCCGCCAAUGACGUGAACAAUCUAUUCUGCCUCCGUUGUCAUGAUAAAAUGGGUAUACCCAUUUGUGGAGCUUGUCGCCGGCCUAUCGAAGAACGAAUUGUCACUGCUUUGGGAAAACAUUGGCAUGUUGAGCACUUCGUGUGUGCCAAAUGUGAGAAGCCGUUCCAUGGUCAUAGACAUUACGAAAAGAAGGGGCUUGCGUACUGCGAACAACACUAUCACCAGUUGUUCGGCAACCUGUGCUAUGUUUGCAACCAAGUUAUCGCGGGAGAUGUUUUCACCGCAUUGAACAAAGCGUGGUGCGUUCAUCAUUUCGCGUGCGCGGUCUGUGACACCGCGCUCAGCACUCGUAGCAAGUUCUACGAAUAUGACGAGCGUCCAGCGUGUAGACGGUGCUACGAACGUCUACCAUCGGAGCUACGGCGUAGACUGCGACGAGCUCAUCAUUAUACUAUGAGGCGAUGA